UAAUGCAAUUGCUUGCUGCUGGUCAAUAAAGGGGGCAGUGGCACCGCAAGGUCUCCACGUGUACAUGUUGACUGAAGUCUGGUGUUUCUGCGUCAGCCUCUAAGAUCGCAGCGUGCUUAUAAAGAGGAACUCACAUAGAGGCUCAAACCCACUCUAUUUUUUUUCCUCCUCUGAGAACAACAACAGACAUUCACAGCCAAGAUGAGAGUGUACCUCGUAGUUGCCAUGCUGGUGCUGGCUUUGGCCGCAUUCACAGUGGCUCAGGAACAGGAGGAGGCCGUGGAGCAGAAAUUUGCUGAUUUCACGAGUCAGAUGAGUGAGAUGGGCAAGAACCUGGCAGAGAAGGCCAAGACAACCUUUGAAGACAUCAAGAACAGCGAUUUCGUAGCCAACUCCCAGAGCUGGUUCGAUAGGAAUCUCGAAUUGAUGAAGCAGAAGCUUGCUGAAAUCGGCCAGUAAUAUGCUCCCUGUCUCCAUCUUCAGACUUUAACCCCCCACCCACCCCCACCCCCCACGUCUGACCUCUUCACACAUUGCUCUGCUGACCAGAAAUAAUGUCUAUGUUGCCUCUCUGUAAAGAGAUGUGUUUUGUUUUUAUAAUUUCAAUGUAAUCUUUUUGAAGAACCACUGUGAAAAGUUGCAAUAAAGACACUGGGAAAACUAAAUAAA